GCAUGACUGCCCGACUUGCUGCUGCAUGGUGUUUGCGCUGUGUGGCUGUGGCAUUACCUUUCCAGCUGACACCAUUUCUAGACAGUUGUCUACAGGAGGUGGGUUAUACAGAUACUAUUCUAGAUGUGAAAUCUAAAUGAGUGCGAGCUUUCUUGGGCUUUUCAAGUGAUGUCACGGACAGGGAAGAUGCCAAAAAUCAGGACUCAGUUGUAAAUGGUACAGAGACAGCAAUGAUUGGAAAAUCUGAGUUAACAGAUUCUGCCUCCGUGCUGGAUAAUUUCAAAUUCCUUGAAAGUGCAGCUGCAGAUUUCAGUGAUGAAGAUGAAGAUGAUCACGUUGAUGGAAGAGAGAAAAGCGUCAUUGAUACUUCAGCAAUUGUUUGGAAAAAAGCAUUGCCUGACAGUGGUGAAGAUCGAGAUACAAAAGAAGCUCUAAAGGAGUUUGACUUCUUGGUUACAUCAGAGGAAGGAGACAAUGAAUCUAGAAGUGCAGGCGAUGGAACAGACUGGGGUAAGGAAGCAUACUGGAUCCAACCAGAGAUGUUAAGUAAAUAAAAGAAAUUAAUAUUUUACCA